AGAACAUGGCGACUGUUUCCCUAGCAAUGUUUUUAAACACUUGGCGUCUUACUAUGAUAUUUUAAAUCAUGAAAUGAUGUUAAAAUGCUAGCUUAACGCAUUAGUAUAAUUCUGUUUUUAAAUUCCAUUAAUUCGUUGUAUAAAUAUGUCUCAAAAAUCAUCGCUCUCAUCACAAAGUUCGAUGAAACUCGAUCAAGAAAUGCGAGAGUGUCGCAUGGCAUAUCUGGCUGUUCUUAACAGCACGAGUGAAAAUAUGACUUCAGUUAAAGAACUUACACUAGCUCUUCAAUACUCUGGUCGAAAUCCGUCACAAAAGUCGUUGAAAAAGUAUUGGAGAUAUUCUACAGAAUCCAUAUCUUACUCAGAAUUUUGUGAUAUAAUGAAGCAAGAGAGGCACAAUAGCAAAAAAGAUCUUGUGUUAGCUUUCAAAAAAAUGGAUAUAAAUAAUGAUGGCUUUAUUUCAUUUUCUGAACUCAAGAAGGCUCUAACAAUGUAUGGAGAGAAAAUGAGUGAAUCUGAAGUUCAAGAGAUUCUUGACGAGGCUGAUGAUAACGGAGAUGGUCGUUUAGAUUAUGAAGAGUUUUGUGAUAUGUUAAUGUCGACUGCUGAAAAAUGUAAAGAACUGAAUCAAAAGAAAGUAAAAGAUGACAUCACAUCCAGAGAAAGAAAAUCAACCUCAUUAUCAACAAAAAGCAAACCAUCAAAACCUCCAAGAACAAUAGCAAAGGGUAGCAAAGAACCAAAAAAUCUUAAGGAUUGGAGUUAUCAAAUGAGAAAAGGUUUUGUUGUUGUUGAAGAUGGUGGGAAAUUCUCUAGUCAUUGUUAUAAACUUAGAAUACCAUCCAGUACAAAACUGUGGUUAACUAUUCAUGGAAACUACCAAGGCGGCCAUAUAGAUGUUACUUUGUUCGUGGUAAAAGCAGAUUCAGGGGAGCUUGUUGCCUUUACCCAGGGUAUUGUUGAUGAGAAAAGCUGUGUUCUCAGUGACAUUACAGCAGGAGAGUACAAUAUUCUGGUCUUCACUACUGGCUGUAGACUUUCUUCACGAACAUCCGAAUCCAAACGAACGGUCGAGCUGAUUAAGACUGUAAAUGGAGAAAUAGAGCUCACAAAACGAUGCAAAGACGCAUUAACAGAGAUAUUCCAUCACUGUGAUUUGGAUGGUAACGGCUACCUUAAUCGCCAAGAAUUUGACGUGUUUCAAAUGCGAACGAGUGGAGAGUCGUGUGACGAUGAUGCUUGGGAAGUCAUGGUUGAAAACUUCGAUACAAAGAAUGGUCGCGAGAUCACCCUCAAAGGUUUUCUGGAUUUAAAUUUGAUGGAGGCACGUGAUGCUGAGGGUGACCCAAACGAUCUCUGGAUAACAUUCAACAGUAUGGGCUACAACAAAGCGCUUGAACCUGACCAGGUUGCUUUUUAUGCGACAGAGAUCUACUCCCGUGACUGUGACAUUAAACUGCAAGCGCUGAAGAUUGAUGACUAUCACGAAAUUUUGAACAAAGCUGUCGUACAGUCCAUAGUUGACAACUCUACGACACGCAAUGUAAAGCGCAUGCGUGAUUUAAUCUUACAUCGUUACGAAGACGAGCAACGUGUAAGCUUGGCUGUGGAAAACAAGUCCCGUCAGGCCGUCAUCGUGAGAUUAAAUUGUAAUAAAAGUCAGAAUUGUGUAAGUCAUUGUGGCAACUUGAAUUGUGUUGUCAAAGUCGAGGCAAAGUCAACAGAGAUCGGGCAUCAUGUUAUCGCCUCGGAUCCUUCUAAAACUUGGUCUGUUACAUGCGAAGAUUCCGUUGAAGAUUGAGUAAAACUAAAGAUCGGGCAUCAUGUUAUCGCCUCGGAUCCUUCUAAAACUUGGUCUGUUACAUGCGAAGAUUCCGUUGAAGAUUGAGUAAAACUAAAGGGAAGUAUAAAAAUACUUCGAUUAUCAGGAAUGAUCGUGGAGUAUCUUCGCUUAAUCUAAGGACAAAUCAGAUCUAACAGAAGCAUUAUCAGA